UGCAUUUUAGUAGCAGAAGAAGAAAGAGAAACAGAAAACAAUGGCAAUUUCUUGUUUAUCCAUCGCAACUAACUUAACCGUCGCUCCAACCCCAAAAUCUCGCAACCAAACACACACACAAAACCCUCUGAAUUCAACCCUGAAAUCUCUCUCCAAUUCAGGCAAGCUCGACGAAGCUCUUCGCCUUUUACUGGAAUCCUCCCACCAAUCCAAAUCCGCCACCACGCAGCCCAAUGUCGACUCCUACGCCGCGGUCUUACACGCCUGUAUCUCGAGAAAAUCCUUCGACCACGGCCGGAAACUCUACCUUCAUCUCCUUCAGACGGAGGAGAAGAAAGAUCUCCUCAAAAACCCCACUUUGAAAUCCAAGUUCGUCACUCUUUUCUCGGCCUGCGGCAGGUUGGACGAUGCCCGGCGAGCCUUCCGCCAUGGAAUUGACGAGAUGGGAUCUGUGCCCGAGUCGGUUUACGUGGCUAUGGCGAUUGGGUUUUCCAAAAACCGCAAUUUUAGGGAAGCUCUGCUUGUGUAUUGGGAAAUGCUGUCCCGGGGUGUUCGGCCUGGGAAUUUUGCGUUUUCGGCUGCGCUCAAGGCUUGUUCGGGGAUACCGGAUGUCGGCAACGGUAGAGCUGUCCACGCGCAGAUUAUAAAGUCCGAUGAAGAAGCUGAUCAAGUGGUGUACAAUGCUCUUUUGAAGUUUUACACCGAAUUUGGGAGUUCCUACGAAGUGCUGAAGGUGUUCGAUGGUAUGCCUGACCGAAAUGUUGCUACCUGGAACGCAUUCGUUGCUGGGUUUGCCAACAAAGAUCAGUUUUUCGAGGCUUUAGAUACUUUCCGGAAAAUGCAGAGGGAUAAAGUGGGGUUUAGUUGGGUUAGCUUAACCACGAUUUUAUCCGUUUGUUCGCGCAUGACGGCUCUUUAUUUCGGCAAAGAGGUGCACUGCCAAAUAAUAAAGUCGGCGGAAUCGCCCGAUGUUCUUGUGUUGAACUCCCUUCUGGAUAUGUACGCUAAGUGUGGAGUAACGGAGUACUGUAAGAAAGUGUUUGACGGAAUGAAAUCCAAGGAUUUGACAUCGUGGAACACUCUCAUCAAUGCAUACGCAAUCAACGGUUUGAUGGCAGAAGCUGUGGCGGUAUUCGAUCAGAUAAUCGAGGCUGAAUUAAAGCCAGACGAGGUGACUUUCAUCUCAUUGCUAUCGGGUUUCAGUCAUGCUGGAAUGGCAACCGAGGGUCAAAUCCUCUUCGAUAGAAUGAGUGCAGAAUUUAAAAUAGUUCCUAGUUUGGGGCAUUACGCUUGCUUAGUGGAUAUAUUAGGUAGAUCGGGAAAUAUCGAGGAGGCAUUAGAAGUGGUGAAGAAAAUGCCUAUGAAGCCAAGUGGUAGUAUUUGGGGUUCGCUGCUUAACUCUUGUAGGCUCCACGGUUACGUUUCGCUUGCAGAAGUCAUAGCAAAACAGUUGUUCGAAAUCGAACCGACAAAUCCCGGAAACUAUGUAAUGUUAUCGAAUAUUUACGCAAAAGCAGGGAUUUGGGAUAAGGUUCAUUCGGUGAGGGAGCUCAUGGAGGAGAGAGGAAUCAAGAAAGAAGCUGGUUGUAGCUGGGUACAAAUUCAAGAUAGGAUACAUAGUUUCGUUUCUGGUGGGGGUUUUGAGUUUCGUAAUUCGUAUGAGUAUAGGAGAAUAUGGGAUGAAUUGACGAAAGAAAUGGAGAAGAAUGGAUAUACCCCCGAUACUGGAGUUGUUCUUCAUGACAUUGAUGAUGAAAUGAAGGUGGAGUGGGUGUGUGGUCACAGCGAAAGGGUAGCUACGGUAUUUGCGCUGAUAAAUAGUGGGUCGGGUUUGCCGAUUAGAAUCACGAAGAAUCUUCGUGUUUGUGCCGAUUGCCAUGUUUGGAUGAAACAUGUUUCCGAAGUAAGACAGAGAAGAAUUAUAUUAAGAGACACGAAUCGGUUCCACCAUUUCGAAGAUGGAAAAUGCUCUUGCAAUGACUAUUGGUGAAGUAUCGGAAAAUCUGCGUGCUUAAUGCUGGUCAGCAUGUAGAUGAUGAAGAUUGCAACAGAGUAUAUCAAGAAAGCAAUGAUGACUCGUGAUUCGAACAACAUUGCACUGUGCAACGCAAAUAGCUUGUCUAUGGCUACAAACAUGCUCGCUUGCUUCGACUCAAAUGCUUCCUGCAAUCAAUUUAAAAAAAUAAAGGUAAUUUUGUAAAUUACUCGAAACUUUCGAUUUUCUUAAUG